CGCAGCUUCCUGACCGGCUCCUCGACGCCAUCACACCAGAACCGCAUCUUCGACAACGUCCGCAGCCCGGCAGACCUCCAUACGCUCACGCUUCUUUCCGCCGCCGCCAACCGUCCGCUCAUAACCUUCUGGAGCGCGAGCUGGUGUUCGACCUGCCGGGCUGUGAAGCCACUUGUGAAGGCCUUGAUUGAGGAUGAGCGGGUCGGAGAGGCAGAAGGCGGUUUGGGUUUCGUGGAGGUGGAGCUUGACAGCGUCUUGAUUGAGGACUUGGGUGUGAAGUACAUGAUCACGUCGAUGCCGACCUUGCUCGCCUUGAGCAGACAAGAAGCCCAAUUCGAGACGAAACUCACGCGCCCCGAAGAGAUGAAGAACAAAGACUUUUUGAGGAGGUGGCUGCUGAAUGAGGCUAGAAGAGGAGGCCGUACCGGUGGGGGC